CUACGUCACUGUUUGGAUCUGACAGCUUCUGCGACCAUUUUACUCAGUGGUGUCUCGUGCUGUUACGGUAAAGGAAUUAAGAAAAACAAAAUCGUGAAAAAUAACCUCUCUGGAAAUGGACGGUGAUGUGGCAGUUGGCGUUAAGAGAGGCUCAGACGAACUGAACCUCUACAGCAGCAGCCCCAACUCUGUUACAGCCAACGGCGGCGACAGCAAGAAGCUGAGGGUGGAGGAGCGUGCCGAGAGCCCCCCCUCCCGCGUGCUCCACAUCCGCAAGCUCCCCAGCGAGGUGUCUGAGACCGAGGUCAUCGCCCUGGGCCUGCCCUUCGGCAAGGUCACCAACAUCCUGAUGCUGAAGGGGAAGAACCAGGCCUUCCUGGAGCUGGGCACCGAGGAGGCCGCCGUUACCAUGGUGAACUACUACACGGCCGUCACGCCUCAGGUGCGGAACGUUCCCGUGUUCAUCCAGUUCUCCAACCACAAGGAGCUGAAGACCGACAGCGCCCUCAACCAGAGGGCCCAGGCGGUGCUCCAGGCGGUGUCGGCGGUGCAGGAGGGGGGCUCCCCUAGCUCUGACCCCGGGGCCCUGGACAGCCUGGCCCCCGCCCCCAGCCCUGUCCUCAGGAUAAUCAUAGACAACAUGUUCUACCCCGUCACCCUGGACGUGCUGCAGCAGAUCUUCUCCAAGUUUGGCACAGUGAUGAAGAUCAUCACCUUCACCAAGAACAACCAGUUCCAGGCCCUGCUGCAGUUCAGCGAGCCUGUCAACGCCCAGCAGGCCAAGCUGUCUCUAGACGGUCAGAACAUCUAUAACUCCUGCUGCACGCUGCGUAUUGACUUCUCUAAGCUGGUCAACCUGAACGUGAAGUACAACAACGAUAAGAGUCGUGACUACACGCGUCCAGAGCUGCCCGCGGGAGACGGCCAGCCCCCCGUAGACCCCAACAUGGCUGGCCUAAGCAAGGACUCCUCCUCCCUGCUGGGUACUCCCUCCGGCAUGGUGGGCCCCUACUCUGGAGGUGGAGCCUACGGAUCCUCUCUCUCUCUCUCCCAGGGCGGAGGUACCAUCAGUCCCCUGAGUGCGGCGGCGGCAGCGGCAGCAGCUGCAGGCAGGGUGGCUCUGUCUGGACACUCUGGAGUCAGCGGAGUCCUGCUGGCCAGCAACCUCAACGAGGAGAUGAUCACGCCCCACAGUCUCUUUACUCUCUUUGGGGUGUACGGUGACGUGCAGCGCGUGAAGAUCCUCUACAACAAGAAGGACAGCGCUCUCAUCCAGUUAGCUGAUGGGAAUCAGGCCCAGCUGGCUAUGAGCCACCUGAACGGUCAGAAGAUGUACGGUAAAAUCAUCCGUGUGACGCUGUCCAAGCACCAGACGGUGGCUCUCCCCCGGGACGGGCUGGACGACCAGGGCCUCACCAAGGACUUCAGCAACUCCCCCCUGCACCGCUUCAAGAAGCCCGGCUCCAAGAACUUCCAGAACAUCUUCCCCCCCUCCUCAACGCUCCACCUCUCCAACAUCCCGGAGGACGUAACAGAAGAAGACAUCAGCCUGCUGUUCUCCAACGCUGGAGGCACGGUGAAGGCCUUCAAGUUCUUCCAGGACCACAAGAUGGCGCUCCUUCAGAUGAGCACAGUGGAGGAGGCCAUCCAGGGGCUUAUCGAUCUCCACAACUACGACAUGGGAUCCAACCACCACCUCAAGGUCUCCUUCUCCAAGUCCACCAUCUAGAUGAGGAGGAGCCACACAACAGACUCCUCGCCUAGCCCCGCCCCUUGUCCCACAGCCACGCCCACUUGGAUUGGCCUCACCCGUAGUAGUCACCGUCUCCAUGGAAACCGCGGAGAGUCCCAUAUGCUAGGAGAAACCAGGGCAUCCAGUCGUUCCUUUUUUAGACGAUUGAUAAUUUGACUAUUGUUGUUAUUGUUAGUGUAGUGUAUUGAUAUUAAAGCUCCGAUUAGGAUAUGAAGAAGGAAUUUACCAAGUCUGUCAUCUUAUGACAGCCUCUAAUACCCAAGACCCCGUCCCCAUCUGUGUGUUCUAGACAGGCUCCGCCCCCUCCUGUGUGGUCUAGACAGGCUCCGCCCCCUCCUGUGUGGUCUAGACAGGCUCCGCCCCCUCCUGUGUGGUCUAGACAGGCUCCGCCCCCUCCUGUGUGGUCUAGACAGGCUCCGCCCCCUCCUGUGUUCUAGACAGGCUCCGCCCCCUCCUGUUUGUUCUAGACAGGCUCCGCCCCCUCCUGUUUGUUCUAGACAGGCUCCGCCCCCUCUGUGUUCAUAUGCGAGAGGAGGCUCUUUCUUUUGAUUAGAUUUAAUCAGCAAACAUGUGCCUUACUCUGAAAAAUAUUAUCAACACUCCCCUUGCAUUUUUCUCCCCAGAGAUACAGGGUUAGGCACAUCCUGAUUGUUGUUUCCCCCCCAGUUAUCUUCUAUUUUGUACAGAACCCCCCCCCCCCUCGUUUUGGUUUCAAGUUUCUUUGCGUAUAGUUGAGAACUCGUAGACACACACACACAGUUUAAGCUCAUGUAGAAUUUUUGGGGGCUUUUGAUGUUUUGACCAGUACCAGGAAGUCGUUUUAACUCCCCCUCCCCCAGAACAUCUUGGGGUUGUCAUGGAUACGUUGGUCAAGAGGGCCAGACAUCCCCCCUCUCCUCGUUUCUAUUGCAUGCAUCAAACAUGAAGAUGAACUGAUACGUACAGCAUGUGACGCUGAUGAUGGUGAUGGUGUUUUUGUGAUUGUAGAAGAGAAACUGAUUCUUCUUGGGACCAAAGUUGAUGUGCCUUUCAUCGUACUUUACUGCUGUGGGUAUUAAACACACUCCUUGUCUGUUCUGUUAAAACAUGUUUCAAUAUCAAGUCCUGUGAGAAGGAAGUCACAUCAUGAGGUGAACAAUCUUCUGUGAUGUUGAUGUUUUACAAAAGGAAAGGAAAAAGAAAAAAGAAUUGUGCACAUUUUUUAUGCAUCUUCAGUUAAAAGUUGUUGCCACGUUUGAGAAAAAAUAAUUUAAAUUUUUUUGAUUUUGUUUUGAUUGGACUGUGUUGGGAUGAUGUUCUAUUUGAGUUUCAGUUUCUGCAUAUGGGUUGUGCUCCUGCUCAGUGUGGCUCAAUUAAACGUCCCUUUUCUACACACUGA